GACGAACAAUUGUAUAUUUUUCAUUUUGAUAUUGUAAGUAAUCCGAUGACGGCAGGGUGAGUGUAAUAUUUGCUCGUCUAUGAACCUGUGGAGGAGUGGGUGUGUUUAUUCAAAUACAGCUCUAGUAGCCUAUAGAUAGGCGUGCCCAACUGUGUAAUUUAGAAGGACUACCACCGAGAAAGUCUAAGUGUGGUUUGUACGUUAAUUCGUCAGCCUUCUACGUACAUAAGUUUAAACGGACAUUAUCAUAAUGGACGAUGCAAUGGAUGUUAUGGGUACCGUAACCCAUGACGAAUCCUUCAACUCUGCAGAGCAAACCCCUUUACUCUCUCACAGGAGACUGAUUCGCAGUCUGAGCAGUGUUCAACCACCCAACCAUACUGUGCUGCGUAUACCUAGGAGACACGUAUCAGAGCAAAAUUGGACACAUUUGAGUGAGUUCAUCCAUUAUGAUGAACCAGCCCAAACACCAAAUGAAGAAAAUGAGGAACAGAAAUCCCACAGGACACUUGGAUCCAUUGCUGGUGUUUUCAGUCCUGUUUCUCUUUCAAUGUUCUCUGCCCUAUUGUUCCUCAGAGUGGGGUUUCUGAUAGGCCAUGCAGGGUUACUAGAGACAUUACUUCAAUUUGUUAUUGCUUAUACUAUAUUAAUAUUCACAGUCACUUCUGUCUGUGCAAUUUCAACCAAUGGAGCUAUUGAAGGAGGGGGGUGCUAUUUCAUGAUCAGCAGAACAUUGGGUCCUGAAUUUGGGGGUAGUAUUGGGACACUGUUUUGCUUAGCAAACAUAGUUAGUUCUGCCCUCUAUCUCACUGGGUGUGCAGAAGGCCUAGUGGAAAACUUUGGACCAUCAGGGUAUCUCGUUGACGGAGCAUUUCCCGAUGGGCGCUGGUGGCGAUUUUUGUAUGCCUCUACAAUAAAUUUGGUUAACAUCGUGGUUUGCUUGAUCGGUGCUGCGGCUUUUGCAAAAGCAUCUGCAGUGAUUUUGGGUAUUGUGAUUGUCUGUCUGUCAGUUGUAGUGGUCUCAUUUUUAGCCCAGCCAGCUUUUGAGGUCCCGAUUCCGGAAGCCAACCAUUUAGUACAAAAUGAAACGAUGAAAGUCAAUGGCAGUUUUACCGGAUUGACAACAUCAGCCACAUUCUAUGGAAAUCUAUGGCCGAACUAUGGUCAGGAUUACACCUCCCCAGACGGAGGGCUAGUUUCUUUCGCUACUGUGUUUGGUGUCUUAUUCAGUGGAGUGACUGGAAUCAUGGCUGGUGCCAACAUGUCUGGUGAACUCAAAGAUCCAUCAAAGAGUAUUCCGCGUGGAACGUUGAGCGCAGUCGGUUUCACAGGACUUGUUUACGUCAUACUCAGCCUGUUAACGGCGUCCACCUGCUCGAACUUCCUUUUGAAAAAUGAUUAUCUUUUCAUGAUGGGUAUUUGUGUAUGGAAGCCUUUUGUGACCGUGGGCAUUGUCACGGCCACCUGGUCGGCCUCGCUCAGUAAUUUAAUAGGUUCUAGCCGAGUGCUGGCCGCUCUAGCGAGGGAUGACAUAUUUGGAUCAAUGCUCAAGCCCGUUCUCCGGGGAACCUACAAAGGGAAUCCUUGGUGCUCCGUGCUUUUUGUAGCAGUACUUGUCGAGUUCUGCCUUCUUAUUGGCUCUCUAAACGUUAUCGCACAGUUGAACUCAGUUCUGUUUCUCCUUUCCUACUGCGCAACAAAUCUGGCAUGUCUUAUGCCUGAACUUUCAUCGGCACCAAAUUUUAGGCCAACUUUCCAAUAUUUCACUUGGCACACGGCUCUUCUAGGAUUGACAGGAACUAUGGUUAUGAUGUUUGUCAUUAAUCCCGUCUACGCUUCCGUCUCUCUGCUCCUCUGCUUAAUACUGAUUAUUAUGCUCCAUUUUUUCUCUCCGGCGCGCACUGCUAACUGGGGCUCCAUUAGCCAAGCCAUUAUAUUUCAUCAGGUUAGAAAAUAUCUUCUACUCCUUGAUUCCAGGAAAGAUCACGUGAAGUUUUGGCGUCCUCAAAUUCUCUUGUUGGUUAGCAACCCACGUUCUUCCAUCCCACUCAUUUCUUUUGUCAAUGCUCUAAAAAAAAGUGGUCUUUACGUACUAGGGCAUGUUAAGAUUGGAUCUGUUACCGAUCCCGACUCCAUAACGACAACGGCAGAGCACACCGCUUGGGUUGAUUUAAUUGAACGACUGAAGAUCAAAGGGUUCGUAGAAACGACAGUGUCACCAUCGGUACGCGAGGGAAUGCACCAUUUGAUACGGUUGUCAGGAUUAGGAGCCAUGAAGCCGAACACCAUAUGCCUGGGUUUCUAUGACAGUCAUCCUCAAACAGAUUUGCUGUAUAGUUUAAGGAGAGAUAGCGUAUCCAGCUUAGGAGCAGACGCUAACCUGUAUCCGGUGCGCGAUUCUAAUCACCAGCGGUUUGUUUCCCCUAGCGAGUACGUGGCUAUGGUGAAGGAUAUUAUUCGUCUACGGAAAAAUGUCUGCCUAUGUCGGCACUUUCACACACUCGAUUUUCAUUUGAUCACUAACCAAAAGAAAUCGAUGUACAUGGAUGUGUGGCCAAUGAACCUCUUUGGAGGACAAUACUCUGAUCAAUUUGAUACAUCCAGUCUCUUCCAACUUCAGCUAGCUUGCAUUUUGAACAUGGUCCCAGUGUGGAAGGAUCUAGAGCUAAGGGUAUUUCUAUUGCCUUCGCCUGGAAAUGAAGAAGAAACUCUACGACGACAGAUACAAUUGCGCCGACAACUAAAAGAGCUACGUAUUAAGGCACGCGUAGUAGUGGCCACAAAUACGUUGUCCGACGGUCAACAAUCGUCCAACAGUUUACAGGUGAAUCGUCUCCUUCUUCAAAAUUCAACCAAUAGCGUAGUUGUCUUCCUUUAUUUACCACUUCCGUCUCCUAACCAAAAUGACGAGGAAUACUUGUCUUCUCUAUCGACUGUGUCCGAUAGCCUACCCCCUGUUUUAUUCGUGCAUGGAAUAAGUCCAGUGACUUCGACCAACUUGUGAAUGAGUUGAAGGAAAUUCCCUCCUUUCUUUUGCCAUAUUUUUAUUUCUUUAGCUUCUAAAGUUUUCUUUUAAAAUAUUUUUGUAUGCGUUACUGUUUUUUUUUUCGAAUCCUUUUCCACAAGCGGAUAUUUUUCUUUCCCCCCCCCUCGAAAGUGAUCACCACCCAACAUAGGUAGAGCAAUUCGUGUUGUAUUUAAUCGAAACUCUAGUUAAUCUAAAUCUGUUGAGGCUGUCCUAAAGUUCUUAAUGCUGCCUUGCUGUAAGCUUUCCAAUCAGCCUGCAAAAAAACUUUCUUUCGGAGAAAAA